UCCAUUUUUUUUCGUUUGAGCGGCCACUUGAGUAUCUGGUCAAUAUACAUGAUAAUCUGUAGUUUGUACAAAGAUUUCGUCGCCAAUGUGUACGUGAUGACAUAACUUCAUAAGCGACGGCGAUCCCGCCCACUCCAAUUUUCAAGACUGUAGUGGAGUUUAACGCACGGUUGUACUGUCAGCGGUGUUGGGAACUUUUAUGCUAAAUGACAUUUGAAAAACGACAACAAACACCAAGAUGGCCGGCCGGACUGUGCAAGCGGGGCGAUGUCCAACAGAUGAACUGUCACUGACCAACUGCGCAGUCGUGAAUGAGAAGGAACCACAGUUUGAACAUCACGUGACUGUGAGAACCACACCGACCCACAAGUUUGUGUUCACAUUGAAGACCCACCAGAGUGUGGUCCCAGGGACCAUCGCCUUCAGUCUCCCCCAGAGAAAAUGGGCAGGCAUCUCCAUUGGUCAGGAUGUGGAAGUGACCGGCUACAACUUUGACAAGUCCAAGCAGUGUGUGGGCACCAUGACUGUGGAGAUUGACUUCCUGCAGAAGAAGAGCGUGGACAGCAGCCCGUACGACUCAGACAAGAUGGCUGCAGAGUUCAUCCAGCACUUCAACAGCCAAGCCUUCAGUGUAGGCCAGCAGCUGGUGUUCAGUUUCUGUGAUAAGCUAUUUGGCCUGCUGAUAAAGGACAUCGAGGCCAUGGACCCCAGCAUCCUCAAGGGAGAAGCAGGCUCUGGGAAGAAGCACAAGAUUGACAUUGGCUUGUUGCUGGGCAACAGCCAGGUGGUUUUCGAGAAGGCCGAGAGCUCGUCUCUUACCCUCAUUGGGAAAGCUAAGACCAGAGAGUCUCGCCAGUCCAUCAUCAACCCAGACUGGAACUUUGAGCGCAUGGGCAUCGGUGGUCUGGACAAGGAGUUCUCUGACAUCUUCCGUAGGGCCUUCGCCUCUCGAGUCUUCCCUCCAGACAUUGUGGAGCAGAUGGGCUGUAAGCACGUGAAGGGCAUCCUGUUGUUCGGGCCUCCUGGCUGUGGUAAGACUCUGAUGGCCAGGCAGAUUGGGAAGAUGCUGAACGCCCGCGAGCCCAAGGUGGUCAACGGCCCUGAGAUCCUCAACAAGUACGUGGGAGAAUCCGAGGCCAACAUCAGGAAGCUGUUCGCCGACGCAGAGGACGAGCAGAAGAGGCUGGGCGCCAACAGUGGGCUGCACAUCAUCAUCUUUGAUGAGAUCGACGCCAUCUGUAAGCAGCGUGGCAGCAUGGCGGGCAGCACGGGCGUCCACGACACAGUGGUCAACCAGCUGCUGUCCAAGAUAGACGGAGUAGAGCAGCUCAACAAUAUCCUGGUCAUAGGAAUGACCAACAGGCCGGACCUGAUAGACGAGGCCUUGUUGAGACCAGGCAGGUUGGAAGUCAAAAUGGAGAUCGGUUUGCCUGAUGAGAAGGGGCGUGUCCAGAUCCUCAACAUCCACACGGCUAAGAUGCGUCAGUUCAACCUGCUGGGAAGCGACGUGGACGUCAGCGAGCUGGCCGCUGAGACCAAGAACUACAGCGGAGCCGAGCUGGAGGGGCUGGUCAGAGCUGCCCAGUCCACCGCCAUGAACCGACAUAUCAAGGCCAGUGCCACCGUGGAGGUGGACCUGGAGAAGGCUGAGAAUCUGCAGGUCCACAGAGACGACUUCCUGGCCUCACUGGACAACGACAUCAAACCUGCAUUUGGUACCAACUCGGAGGACUAUGCCAGCUACAUCAUGAACGGCAUCAUUAAGUGGGGCGACCCGGUGACGGCUGUGCUGGAUGACGGGGAGCUGCUGGUGCAGCAGACCAAGAACAGCGACCGCACACCACUGGUGUCUGUGCUACUGGAGGGUCCCCCCAACAGUGGAAAGACGGCUCUAGCAGCUAAGAUCUCAGAGGAAUCCCAGUUUCCCUUUAUAAAGAUCUGUUCUCCUGACAAGAUGAUCGGUCACUCCGAAAUCGCUAAGUGCCAGGCCAUCAAGAAGAUAUUUGAAGAUGCCUACAAGUCCCAGCUGAGCUGUGUAGUGGUGGAUGACAUUGAACGCUUGCUGGAUUAUGUUCCGAUUGGCCCUCGUUUCUCAAACAUGGUCCUUCAAGCUCUACUGGUUCUCCUCAAGAAACCCCCUCCCAAAGGCCGUAAGCUGCUGAUCAUUGGCACCACCAGCAGGAAGGACGUGCUGCAGGAAAUGGAGAUGCUGGAUGCCUUCAGUACCACCAUCCACAUCCCAAACAUCUCCAGAGGAGAGCAGCUGGUUGAAGCUCUGGAGAUGCUGGGUAGUUUCCAGGAGAAGGAGCGGGCAGCCAUUGCCAAGGCGGUGAAGAGCCAGGACGUGUCGAUCGGCAUCAAGAAGCUGACGAUGGUCAUCGAGAUGGCUGUGCAGAUGGAUCCUGAAUACAGAGUUAGUAAGUUCUUGACCCUGCUGAGAGAACAGGGAGCGCUGGGUUCUGACAAGCACAUAGCCAGCUAAGCCAAUGGUGGAGCUGCAUUGCCCAGCAGUAGCUGCCUCUCAUAUGGCCGAGGAGUGGAAGCCCGGGUGCGACCGGCAAGAUAGUGAGCGAGAGAUUUUAUGUCUCCGCCUAAUCUGGCCAUCGCAAACGCUCGCCGCGUAAUCUCUGUCCCGCGUGUUUCCAUGGCAACUCGAUCGACCAGCCUCCUCGUCUUCCUCAUCAGCACUGUUUCUCUGUGUGUGUAAACUAAGUGUUCUGUGUUAAAUUGUUAUUUCUGAAGGCAAAGUGUUGUGAUUCAAAUGACGCUCUAUUCCCUAUAUAGUGCACUACUUUAUGACCAGAGCUCUAUGGGCCCUGGUCAAAAGAAGUGCACUGUUUAAGGAAUAGGGUGCCAUUUGAGACUCUUUCAAAGUGUUGUGAUUUGUGCUGCUAGCACUCCAGGGGAUUUUAUGUAUAAAAAGCAAAAAUAAAGUUGAUGUAUGUUUAUAACUAAACAUGAGACGAGAAAAGUGUACGCAAAACCAUGUACACUGAGUUUGCGAAACAUUAGGAACACCUUCCUAAUAUUGAGUUGCACCCCCGUUUGCACUCAGAGCAGCCUAAAUUCGUUGUUGCAUGGACUCAACAAGGUGUCGAAAGCGUUCCACAGGGAUGCUGGCCCAUGUUGACUCCAAUGCUUCACACUGUUGUGUCAAGU